AUGGCGGUCGCUGGAGUUGACGGCAGUGCGGCUACGGUGGUGUUUCUCUGAGAUGAAAUACAUAAAACCUUUUAUUUCAGAGAGAUGUCUGCAAGCCAACAAUAGAGGACUCAGCAAUAAUUUUGGAUAUCCAAACAAUACCAUAAAGACCUCAAAAUAUAGUGUCAUUAACUUCCUGCCCUUGAACCUAUUUGAACAAUUCCAGAGACUUGCAAAUGCAUAUUUCCUCAUUUUGCUAUUCCUACAGUUGAUUCCCCAGAUCUCCUCCUUGGCCUGGUAUACAACUGUGAUACCCCUGGUAGUGGUGCUGUCCGUAACAGCAGUGAAAGAUGCCAUCGAUGACCUGAAAAGGCACCAAAAUGACAAUCAAGUCAACAACCGUUCUGUUCUACUCCUGAUGAAUGGAAGGAUGAAGGAAGACAAAUGGAUGAAUGUCCAAGUGGGCGAUAUAAUAAAACUAGAAAAUAAUCAGCCUGUCACGGCGGAUAUCUUAUUACUCUCUAGCAGUGAGCCAUACAGUCUGACAUACAUAGAGACGGCAGACCUGGAUGGCGAAACCAACCUGAAAGUGAAACAGGCCAUCUCAGUUACCAGUGACAUGGAAGAUAACCCGGAGCUGCUGUCUGCCUUUGAUGGAGAAGUGAAGUGUGAGCUUCCCAAUAACAAACUGGACAAAUUUGCAGGAAUAUUGACUUUUAAGGGGAAAAAUUAUGUCUUGGACCAUGACAAGCUACUACUUCGAGGCUGCAUCAUCAGGAAUACAGACUGGUGCUGUGGCCUAGUGAUUUAUACUGGGCCAGACACCAAAUUAAUGCAAAACAGUGGAAAGUACACCUUUAAACGGACGCAGAUAGACCAUCUUAUGAAUGUCCUCGUGCUUUGGAUUUUCCUUUUUUUAGGCAUCAUGUGUUUUAUCCUAGCAGUUGGACAUUGGAUUUGGCAAAGCCAGAAAGGCUACUACUUCCAGAUUUUUCUGCCAUGGGAAAAAUAUGUCUCUUCAUCACUUAUCUCUGGCACCCUCAUCUUCUGGUCGUACUUCAUUAUUCUCAACACUAUGGUGCCCAUUUCCCUCUAUGUCAGUAUUGAAAUAAUACGAUUGGGCAACAGUUUCUAUAUCAACUGGGAUCAGAAGAUGUUUUAUGAACCAAGGAACACACCAGCACAGGCUCGUACCACCACCCUUAAUGAAGAACUUGGCCAGGUCCAAUAUGUGUUCUCUGACAAAACAGGGACUCUGACUCAGAACAUCAUGAUUUUCAGCAAAUGUUCUAUUAAUGGGAAACUCUAUGGUAUGCAUGUCUUCCUGCUUUCCUCAAGUCCUGGGGAAAUUCUUUGCAGCUUGUUUUUCAAGAAUGAUCUAACUCUAAAUCUAUGUGAUGUCUAUGACAAGAAUGGGCAGAAGGUGACAGUCUCUGAGAAAGAAAUGAUUGACUUCUCCUACAACAAACUGGCUGAUCCUAAGUUUUCAUUUUAUGACAAGACUUUGGUAGAAGCAGUGAAAGGAGGAGAUCACUGGGUGCACUUGUUUUUCCUCUCACUCUCAUUAUGUCAUACCGUGAUGUCAGAAGAAAAACUAGAAGGUGCGCUGGUGUACCAGGCUCAGUCACCAGAUGAAGGUGCCCUGGUCACUGCUGCCAGGAACUUUGGCUUUGUGUUCCGUUCCCGCACAUUUGAGACAAUCACCGUAGUCGAAAUGGGGCGAACUAGGGUCUACCAACUACUUUCUAUUUUGGACUUCAACAACGUGCGCAAGCGGAUGUCUGUCAUUGUGCGGACACCUGAAGAUCGGGUAAUGUUGUUCUGCAAGGGUGCAGACACCAUCAUCUGUGAGCUGCUUCAUCCAUCCUGCAACUCGCUCAGUGAUGUGACCAUGGAACAAUUAGAUGAUUAUGCCAGUGAAGGCCUUCGCACCCUGAUGGUGGCCUACCGAGAGUUGGACGAUGCAUUCUUCCAGACCUGGAGCAAGAAGCAUAGUGAAGCCUGCCUGACUUUGGAGAAUCGGGAAGACAAAUUAUCAGAUGUCUAUGAAGAGAUCGAAAAAGAUUUGAUGCUGUUAGGGGCCACCGCCAUAGAAGACAAGCUGCAAGAUGGAGUGCCUGAGACAAUCAUCAUGCUGAAUAAAACCAAAAUUAAAAUGUGGGUUUUAACUGGAGAUAAACAAGAGACUGCUGUGAACAUUGCCUACUCCUGUAAUAUAUUUGAGGAUGAAAUGGAUGGGGUGUUCACUGUGGAAGGCAAGGAUAAUCAGACUAUUCAGGAAGAACUCAGGACAGCAAGGAGCAAGAUGAAACCUGAGACGCUACUGGAUUCAGAUCCAGUAAACAUUUACCUCACCACCACAGGGUCCAAAACGCCCUUCAGAAUCCCUGAGGAGGAAGCCAGUGGCAACUAUGGCUUGGUCAUCAGUGGCUACAGUCUGGCCUGUGCUCUAGAAGGGAACCUGGAAUUGGAACUGAUGCGAACAGCAUGCAUGUGCAAGGGGGUGAUCUGCUGCCGGAUGACACCCCUUCAGAAGGCCCAGGUGGUAGAGCUGGUGAAGAGGUACAAGAACGUGGUGACACUGGCCAUCGGGGAUGGGGCCAAUGACGUCAGCAUGAUCAAAGCUGCUCACAUUGGGGUCGGCAUCAGCGGCCAUGAGGGGAUGCAGGCCAUGCUCAACAGCGACUUCUCCUUCUCCCAGUUCCAAUACCUUCAGCGUCUACUCUUGGUCCAUGGCCGUUGGUCUUAUAAUCGCAUGUGCAAGUUUCUCAGCUACUUCUUUUAUAAGAACUUUGCUUUCACCCUGGUGCACUUCUGGUAUGCCUUCUUCAACGGGUUCUCUGCACAGACAGUUUACGAUACCUGGUUUAUCACCUGCUACAAUCUGGUCUACACCUCUCUCCCUGUUCUAGGCAUGAGUCUGUUUGAUCAGGAUGUGAAUGAAACAUGGAGCUUACGUUUCCCAGAACUGUAUGAUCCAGGCCAGCACAACUUCUAUUUCAACAAGAAAGAAUUUAUGAAGUGUUUACUGCAUGGAAUCUACAAUUCCUUCGUGCUGUUCUUUAUCCCAAUGGGAACUAUUUACGACUCAGAGCGAAUUGACGGGAAGGACAUCUCUGACUUCCAGUCCUUCUCCCUGAUCGUGGAGACUUCCUUGAUCUGGGUGGUCACAUUGCAGAUCAGCCUGACAACAACCUACUGGACAAUAAUAAGCCACUUCUUCAUCUGGGGUAGCCUGGGUUUCUACUUUUGCAUCGUAGUCCUCCUGUACAGUGAUGGCUUGUGCCUCAUGUUCCCUGACGUCUUCGAAUUCCUAGGUGUGGCCAGAAACAUUCUGAUCCAGCCACAAAUGUGCCUGAGCAUUGUCCUCAGUGUGGUCCUCUGUGUAUUACCUGUGCUUGGGUAUCACUUUCUUAAACCACUAAUCUGGCCCAUCAGCGUGGACAAGGUUUUUGAGAGAAUUCAUCAGUGUAGGAGACAACCAGAGCCACCCCGACUCCGGACCAAACUGAAACACACAAGCUCUCGACGUUCUGCCUAUGCAUUCUCACAUAAACAGGGCUUUGGGGCCCUCAUCACUUCUGGCAAGACAAUGAAGUUCAAGGGACCCAAGAAAGUUGAUCCUUCUCAGCUGGUUUUCUAUGCCACUCAGGUCAAAUGGGCAAGUAGCGGUUCCUGCCCAUACUUUCCAAAUUUUCAUUAUAAGUCCAACCGUGAGCAGAGGUUCUACGGGGGAGCCAGGGUUGACAAUCGCUGCUUUGGGCGAAGCCGGAGCCCACAUGCGCCUGCCUCCUGGGCCAGCAGGCGGGCGACCUCCGCUUCCCAGGGUUCCAGCGCCCUGAGGCCACACGCCACCCGGCAUCCGCUGCAGGGGCGGGGCGCGGGCCGCAGAAGGCGGAGCCCAGACCGGAGCCUCGCCUCUCCCGAGGCGAAAAGCACUGCGCGUUAUUCUGGCGGCUCCCAGCGCUGCGGGAGCGGCGGAACCGCCCGAGCGCCGCAGGCCCAGCGGACCGAUUCAACACGCAGCCCGGAGGGGCGGCAGGAGGGCAACCCAGACCGCACCAACCGCGCCUCGCCGGCGGGGGCCGGACGUUACCAACCCGUCUGGAGAGGAGGGGGGCGCUGGCGUGGCCGGGCUGCGACGCGACCCUUGGAGGGCGCGAGACGCUGCCGGUGCCGGCGCCGCCGCUGCAGCCGGAGCGGAAGGACUAGACUGAGGCGAGAACGGAGCUCUACGGUCCGCGAGCCAAACACCAGCAGCACCAGCCAUCCCCUUGAGCGGCUACCCCAGAUCACCCCCAACCGUCUCCUCAAACCUACCCCCGCACCCGUCUCGCGCCCUGUAGUCAUCGUUGUAUCCACAUCUCCUAUGACAGCCCUGGGGCAUCGUUGCCGCCCGGCUUUUGGGCCGGCGAAUGCAGGGUCCUUGGCAUAG